UUAUUUUUCAAUAGGUUUUAAAUCCAAUAAAAGAUUUCUCUUAAGUUUGAAAAAAAUCUUUUUUAAAGCAUAUCUAAGACGGAAUUCUACGUGAACAGAGCAAAAUGAAAAGUCUUUUUUUUAUUGGUUUACUAAAUCUCGUUGUUUUCAACGACGCUCGCUACUAUCCUGCAUACCUCUGGCCUGAAAGACUAAACCAAGAUUCAAAAUCACGUUAUGAAGAUGAACCAUUGCCUGAACCCGUGCCACAAGAGAAUAUAGACAAUGUUUUUCCAAAUGAUAUUCCCGCACAAAAAUUUCAACCAGGUACUUGGAUGCGAGAUGAUGAAUAUUUGAAUGAUCAACAUGUGCGUAAUUUAAACCCAAGAGCUUCUUGUACAGGAUGCACAGCUCUGGAACAGGAUGAUAUUUUUUUAAAUGAUGAAACCGUGCGUCAAUCUAAUCCUAGAGCUUGGAUGGAGCAAGAUAAUGUUUUUUCAAAUGAUGAAACCAUGCAUCAAUCUAACCCUAGAGCUUGGAUGGAGCAAGAUAACGUUUUUUCACGUGAUGAAAUCAUACGUCAAUCUAAUCCACGAGCUUGGAUGGAACAAGAUGAUGUUUUUUCAAAUGAUGAAACCAUGCAUCAAUCUAACCCUAGAGCUUGGAUGGAGCAAGAUAACGUUUUUUCACGUGAUGAAACCAUACGUCAAUCUAAUCCACGAGCUUGGAUGGAGCAAGAUAAUGUUUCUCCGCGUGAUGAAACCAUGCGUCAAUCUAAUCCAAGAGCUUGGAUGAAAAGUAAUGACUUUUCUAAUGAUGAGCCUCAGCCUUUUAUUCAUAACGUUGCAGAUGAAACAAAUCCAAAUCACAAUUUACAAAAACUUUAUGAUGAAUCUCCAUUGUCUGCACAAAGUUUAACAGAGGAAGACGAUGUUUUUUCUAGUGAUGCAAAAAAGGGUGCAUCAACAUCAUCUAGUUCUCACGGAAAUUCAAAUUCAAAUUCGAAUUCAAGUAACGCUGGACGCACACACUAGUAAUAGAUAUAAAUUUAACGUUUUGAAAGUUCCAGAAAAAUAAAUUUAAAUGUAAUAAUACAUUUCACUUUUUAUUAA